UGAGAUUUCCAGCCUUUCGAUGACAGAUGGCAAAGUCGAGAGCUGAAAUCCAAAGGGCGUACCGAGAAAGACAGAAAGCAAAGAAUAAUGAAGAAUAUUUGAAGAAGGAAAGGGAGAGACGGAGAAGAAACUAUGUGCCAUCAGCACAACUCAGCAGAAGAGACAGGAUUAGGAGGAACGUGAAGAACAACGAAACGCUAAAGAGACAUCGCCGAAGAAGGAAGGAAGAAGCUAGACUUGCAGCAGAAGCAGCAGAAGCCGCCAUCGAAAAUCAACGGAUUGGUGAAAACAUGGAUAGUAGCGGAUAUGACAGCCCUGGAUCACAAGCCGGUCCAUCAAAUCUUAUUGUACGAUUGCCUUUUAACAAUAGGCGAAAUGGAUCUAGGAAAAGAAUUAGCAGGAGUUUGUCAAAGAAAGCGAAAGAAUUAUCAAAAUUACGGACUCAAUUCCACGGCUUAAAUAGAAAACACAGAACAACACUUCGCAAGUUUCAACGCCUGAAGAAAAAGUUAGUUGAGAAAUCACCCAAGUCACCAAGAAGUCAAACGGAGAAACAAAUCAGAGAAGCCAGACUCAACGAGGAACAAGGUCGUAAGGUUCGGAGACAGCUGCUUUUGGGAAAUUAUUGUUCUCAGUGGAGACAGGAACACACCUCACUGGAUGACGCGGAGAGUCCACAGGAAAACGUGGAGCGUCCUUCUGAACCCUGCCUGCGUGAUGACCAAAGGGAAGGAUCUGACUUGUCCACUGGACCUGAGGUAUACAACGUUGACGACUUUGUUGUGGCCUUUUAUGAAGGCACGUGGUAUAUUGGCAAGAUUCUGGAGGUCGACCCAGCGGAUGAAUCUGGUUACAUUUAUCUGAUUUCAUUUAUGAAAAGGAUGAAGAAAACGUUUUAGUGGCCGGUGCGAGAGGACGUGAUCUGGUGCAAAAAGGACGAUGUAAGGUGCAAAGUUUCUCAACCAGUGGCAUCCGGCAAAUCCAAGAGGAUGUUUGUCAUUCCAAAAGAGGACUGGGAUAAAAUUGACACUUUCGCUGAGGAAUUAUAAACAUUUUCAAACGAUGUACCGAAAACAACUACUUUUUUUUUAAUAAUGAAAGAAACAGUGACUGACACGUUUUUGUUUUCAUGGAUGUAGCAAACACGGACAUUCGAGGCAUGGUACGAUAUAUUUUUGGGGAUGUAACGAACAUUUCGAGCGUGACAAACAAAAAUACAUUGAAAAACAUUUGUUAAGCAUAUAUGUAAUGCCUAAAUAUGUUAAUUUUACCUUUACUAUGAUGUCAUUUCACAAAGUUAUCUUAAACACUUUACAUCUAUAAUUCCGUUGUUUGAUAAGCAGGGUGCUAGGCCUAUAAUAGACCUUGACGUGCUUUAUGAAUUGAAUUAUUACAAUUUGGUGUAAAGUUCUCCAUCGUGAUUUGAAACGCGACAAGAACGUUUUCAUUGUGUGUAUCUUCAUUUCUUUUAACGGUAUAGAGAGAUAUAGUUGUAUAAAUCAAGUGCGGAUGUAGCGGAGAUGUAAAAUUUCAGUUUCGUUCAGUUUCUGAAAUGUUCGUUACUUUGCUCAUCCGAAAAUAUUAUUUCGAGAUUUGCUAUACCACUCAAAAUAGCGGUAACAAGCUGUUUUAGUUUUGUUCAUCAAUAAAUCUAAUUUGAUUUUCCAGACUUGAUAAUUGGAUUCCAGCCGUUUAAUUUUAGUUCAUCAGACACAACACGAACGCUAACUCAGCCAUUCUACUUUUUCAACUAUGGAUGUACAGGGUGCUCGGUUUUUUAUUGCGCACAUAUCGGCCAAAUCGAACUGUUCUCUCCAGAUACACAGUUCGCUGGCGGAACAAAAUGAGUAAAAGUGUAUCAAUGCAAUUUCAGAGAAAAUUCGGUGAAUAUCAGAGGAAUCUUCUGAUGGGUGAAUCAAUUCAGUCGAUCAGUAACGUACAUUUCUGGCGGAAACUGACCUCUUAAUUAGGCAAAACAUAAUCCUGUAUUCAUAGAAAACUGGUGAAGUGAUGAUAAAAAUAAUUCACAUGGAGAUUCUUCUAUUAAUGAAUGACUAAAAACAAACAAAAUAUGGUGGAUUACUCAUACUUUAUUUUUCGAAAUUACCGUCUGGCAAAUGCACCCCAUUAUUGAGUUUGCGUGUAUACACAUUCUUCUGACCUAUGCUGGGUAAAUGGCAACACCUCUCCAACACAGUGUUAUGUGAACUAUCCUGCCAAAGUGGGGACGCUAUUAUCACCAGGGGUUCUG